AUGGAGAAGCCUAUCAUCAUGUUGGCCCAAAUUGAGAUCAAAGCCUCUCCAACUGCCGUCCGGUCAGUGGUCACUCUCAAUCGCCCGAACGAGAUCAACUUCAGUUUGAGCAUCGGAGACCAUUUGAGAGUCAACAUUUACGGGGUCACCUUUCGCCCAUAUAUCCUAGAAGCAAGUCUUCCGGGCCUUUGUAGGAAACGCCACUUCCACUUCAGCCCAAGCAAAGUGAAUCCCGGUACGACGACAUUCGUUCAAGAGGAGCAUUUUACAGGCGCUAUGACGCACAUUUUUGGGGCUUGGACCAAGAAGAAUCCUCAAAUAGUUUUCUGGCACAUUUUCAAUCUAGCCUUAGAAAGGGAGGUCGAGACAUCCACCACGCAAUUAGCGGAGUUAAGGGACACUUCAAAGGACUCUCAGACUUUUUAUACUUCUACUUUUUCCUCAGAGCUUGAUGACACAUCUGUCUAA